CAGAGCUCCACAAAAGCAAGCACAGCACAGGGUAAGUGCUGCAGAGGCCAGGACGCUUGUCUGGGAGACAGAGUGCGACGGAGCGCUUUUGUUUACUGAGCAGAAAAGGGAAACUGACGCAGCUGAAGAGGAGAAUGCUGCCUGCCUAUGCACUGCUGGUGAGCUGCAGCCUCACGCUCGGGGCCAGCUUCAGGAGGACCCUAGAGAAGAAGCAGUACCGCAUCCAGAGCGGCCCCUGCAGCUACACCUUCCUGCUGCCCGAGACGGACACCUGCCCGCCAGCCAGCGAGCUGCCCCAGGAGGACCAGCCCGCGCAGGGUGAAGACUCUAUGCAGCGUCUGGAGCAGCUGGAGACCAUCAUGGAGAACAACACGCAGUGGCUGCACAAGCUGGAGACAUACAUCCAGGACAGCAUGAAGCAGGAGAUGGUGCAGAUCCAGCAGACAGCUGUGCACAACCACACGGCAGCCAUGAUUGAGUUUGGGACCAACCUCUUGAGUCAGACCAGAAAGCUAACCAGCGUGGAGGCCAAGGUUAUAAAUCAAACAACGAGGCUUGAACUCCAGCUCCUCGAAAACUCCCUGUCAACAAACAAACUGGAGAAACAGAUCCUCCUUCAAACGAAUGAAAUAAACAAACUCAACGACAAGAACAACUUUCUGGAGAGACGAGUGGAGGAGAUGGAAGGCCAGCGGCAGGAGGAGCUGAAGGCCUUGCGUGGGCAGGAGGAGCAGCUUCAGCAGCUGGUGCAGCAGCAGGCAGGUGUCAUGGAGGAGCUCGUGCAGGAACUGCGACAUGCCACCUCCAACAACUCAGCCCUGCAGCGCCAGCAGGAGGAGCUGCUGCGUACCGUCAACGGCCUCGUGGCUGUCAUCGCCAUACCGCCCAAGGCGUCCGCCAUGACACAGGAAGCCUCAGCUCUGUACAAAGACUGUGCCGCCCUCUACAAGGCAGGCAAGACGAAGAGCGGAGUCUACACACUGGCGGCUGGCAACAGCACGCAGAGGAUCAAGGCUUACUGCGACAUGGAAACAGCAGGCGGUGGAUGGACCGUGCUGCAGAAACGCUCUGAUGGCCGAGUCGAUUUCCAUCGCACAUGGAACGAGUACAAGACGGGCUUCGGGGACCCUGCAGGAGAGUACUGGCUGGGGAACGACUUUAUAUUUCAACUGACCAACCCUAACCCUUAUGUCCUGAGAAUCCAGCUAAUGGACUGGGAGGGGAACUCAGCAUUCUCCCAGUAUGACCAGUUUGCUCUAAACAGCGAGGCCCAGAAAUACAGGAUACACCUUAAAGGUUACGCUGGAACAGCGGGCAAAACCAGUAGCUUCGGUCAGCCGGGAAGCGACUUCAGCACGAAGGAUGCGGACAACGACAAAUGCGUCUGCAAAUGUUCCCAGCUGACAACGGGAGGCUGGUGGUUUGAUGCCUGUGGUCCAUCCAACCUGAACGGUAUAUAUUACCAACUGGGCCAGAACACAAACCGCUUCAACGGGAUCAAGUGGUACUACUGGAAAGGCUCAGGCUACUCGCUGAAAGCCACAUCUAUGAUGAUUCGUCCUGUUGACUUCUGAGGCCACCUGCCGCCAUGCAACCUGUUUCUCGUAGCGCUUUUUCAUUUGAAGGGGAACUUCUGCUUUGUUUGGUUGCUCUGAGCCAGCUUGUGGAGUGCGGCGGGCGAGUCGGACAUGGAGGGAACCGUCUGCUGCGUGUGACUGAGAAAAAUCCCGGUCGGGAAACAAGUACAGCUGGAUGGGGGGGGGGGGGUUACUCUGGGAUUUGGGGGUAUGCCGGAGCGGGGCCAUUGGGCCUGGUUCCCGGUGUGAGAGGACUCAAACGAUGCACGCAGCUAACUCAAACAAACAGCCACACAUUGGGGGAGCUAACAGACUCGCCUCAAAUGGCUCAUACUUGGGGACACCCCCGUAAGGGACUCAGAGACCUUAUUUAUAAAGAGACUGGAACCGCCGGGACAUUGAAAACUGUCAGCAGACAAAACCCUGAGAGGCUGUUUUGAGUUGACGAACAGUUGUGUUAAAAAGCACAUGUGCGAAUAUCAUGCAUUACCGUUUAAACUUUCUGGCUACACGGGAACCGUAUGAAAACCAAACAUCCAAAAUGAGCUGUUCUUGUACGAGUUGGGCGACACACAGCUGGCAUUUUGUGAUAAACCCAUCACUGUGUCACAUGAUUCAAAUACAAAACCCACAUCUCUGGCUUGUCAGAGAGGCUGGAAGCCUUUGGUGUAACUGGUGUGAAAGAGGACGCCCCAAGCACGCUAAUUAAAGUCUGGCACGUCAGCUCCCUGCAAGCACAUGCUUCUCACUCGCUGCCACAAACAUCUGAAGCUGCUGGAGACACUCAGCUGCUCGUCUGUUACCGUCCUGAAACUCCACACGUCAUCGCAGUUGUCAGGGUAAUGAUGGUUCAUGGUUAUAACUGCAUUUAACCAUUAAAUACCAUAAUUCAUGGCAGUGUUCUGUGCUGCUUGUUACCCGACACACUAACAUCAAGGCGAGAUCCAUGAUGGCAGACUUCAGUACUUUUUCUCCUGCACAUUUCCUACCAGACACACGUCUGUACAUGUAAGCGUGACGUGUGCUUUGCAUCACAUCUGUCUCACAAAAACUUGAAUAAAUAAAAUGGUCCAAACAGGAAA